AUGGGGGGCAGCAAGAACAAGUCCGGCUACUUCGACAAGCUCCAAGCUUUGUUGGAGGAAUAUAAGUCCGUUUUCAUCGUCGAAAUCGACAAUGUCUCCUCUCAGCAGAUGCACGAGAUCCGCCAGUCCCUCCGUGGACAGGGUGUUGUCCUGAUGGGCAAGAACACCAUGGUUCGCCGUGCUCUCAAGACCUUCGUCCCCGACCACCCCGAGUACGAGCGUCUCCUGCCCUUCGUCAGGGGCAACGUUGGUUUCGUCUUCACCAACGGCGACCUGAAGGAGGUCCGUGACAAGAUCCUCGCCAACCGUGUUGCCGCCCCUGCUCGUGCUGGUGCUCUCGCUCCCGCCGAUGUCUGGGUCCCCGCCGGAAACACCGGUAUGGAACCCGGCAAGACCUCCUUCUUCCAGGCUCUCGGUGUCCCCACCAAGAUUGCCCGUGGUACCAUUGAAAUCACCACCGACCUGAAGCUCGUUGAGGCCGGUAGCAAGGUCGGUCCUUCCGAGGCCACCCUGCUCAACAUGCUCAACAUCUCUCCCUUCACCUACGGUAUGGGUAUCGCCCAGGUCUACGAUGACGGCCAGGCUUUCCCUCCCUCCGUCCUCGACAUUGGUGAAGAGCAGCUCCUCAAGGCCUUCACCCAGGCCAUCACCACCAUUGCCACCAUCUCCCUGGCCAUCAACUUCCCCACCAUUCCUUCCGUCAUCCACUCCGUCGUCAACGGAUACAAGAAGGUCUUGGCCGUUGCCAUUGAGACUGAGAUCACCUGGCCCGAGAUUGAGGAGCUCAAGGACCGCAUCGCCAACCCCGAUGCUUACGCCUCUGCCGCUCCUGCCGCCGCUGCCGGUGGUGAUGCCCCUGCCGCUGCCGCCGCUGAGGAGGAGAAGGAGGAAGAGGAGGAGGAGGAAGACGAGGGCUUCGGUGGUCUUUUGUACCGACUAAACGGCGAUGUGAGCCUCGGGAGCCGGAUUGGAAACCAGAGUUUCGAUUAG